UCUCGUACAUACAUACAUUUCUAACCUUUCUGUUCGCUGCUAUCCUUAUCGGAGUACCCAGGAGUACCUUUUUCCGCAUUUAUGAAGCAGGAUUUACUGCUAAACAAUUCCAAAGAAAUGUGAUUAAAUUACAGCUCUAAGUCUGCCAUUUGAAGAAUUUAAUUAAGCCGCUUUCCGUUUCAAAUCUAUUUUAUUUCUAUCACUCUGUUAAGCUUCGUCGUGUCUCUUCUGCGGUUGAGGUUAAGUUAUUGUAAACUUUGAUGAUGAUGUCCAGUCGAAAGGGUAUGAUUUUAAGACGAUUUUAUAAACAGUCGGCUUGGAAUUGUCGUUCUUGUUCAUCUCAGUCUAAAGCAUCAGUAUUGGAUGACCCGGCACCCUUUUUUUUCAACGAAAAUGUUCAGCAGCUAUUGAAAAAACUGACUCGCAUCGAUUACACGAAAGUCAGUAGGGUGCACAAAACUGGGCAACGUUUAAACGUUGGAGAGUACAAGUUUAUGACUGACGAAGAACUCGAACAGUCGAGGCUUCAGGCAAUUCAAAAGCUAGAAGAUAUACGCUUGCAAAUGCCUCCGGUUGUAAAAGAGUCAAAGGACACAAUCAGAGUGUUGGUAGAUGAUCCUGGCUUAAAAGAUUACGAUACAGCGAAGUUUGUGUUCACGGAUAUAAGUUAUGGAAUUAAUACCAGAGACAGGAAAAUAGUUGUUCGAGAGCCCACUGGCACAUUAAGGCACGCGCGUAUGGCUGAGAGGAACAGAAUAACACAGGUGUAUUUUCCAGUAAACGGCAAGCAAUUAACUGUACCACAGAUGUUUUAUGAACCAUAUUUAGAGGACUUGCUAAAGCGAAAAGAGUAUGUGUUCAUUUUGGACCGUGCGUGCUUACAGUUUGAUCCAGAUGAUCCAGAGUAUCAUAGAAUCACAAAGGAAGUUUAUAGACACAUAAACGCAUGGAAUAGCUACGAUAUUUUGAGAUCUACAAGACACUUUGGUCCAAUGGUGUUCUAUUUAGUCUCGGAGAAGAAGAUUGACAAUUUACUCGUAGAGUUACUCCAAAGCCCAGCAAUAGAUGAAGCAGUGUCCCUCGUAAGGCUUUACUAUAUACUUCAUCCUGAUGUUGCGUCCGCUACAGAGGCACAGGAUAAAGAUAGCUUAGAAUUGAUAGAGUAUUACACGAAGCACGAGUCAUUGCAGAAGCACAAUGUAGAACAUGCAGUCUUAUUUUGCUUAAAGCUAAAGAAAGAGACACAGGAAAUGGAAGUGUCUAUAAAGAAAGCACAUGGACAGGCGGACACCAGCCAAGAUAAUCAGAAUGUAACUAACUAAAAUA